AAAAAUGAGUUCAAUUGGUACUGGUUAUGAUUUAGCUGCGUCUACAUUUUCACCUGAUGGACGUAUUUUUCAAGUAGAAUAUGCAGCUAAAGCUGUUGAAUCAAGUGUGACUGUUAUUGCUUUAAGUAGUAAAAAGGGUGUUGUUGUUGCUGUUGAUCAACCAAUUCCUUCAAAACUUGAUAUUGAGGGAGCAAAUAGCCGUAUAAUGCGAAUUAAUAAUAAAAUUGGAUUUGUUGGUUCUGGACUUUUUCCUGAUGUUUUUGCUUUGUGUGAUUAUGCUAGGGAUGAAUCACGCAAAUAUUAUAAAGAAUUUGAUAGACCUUUGACUGUUAAAAAACUUGCUGGAAAGGUUGCCGAGCAUGUUCAUAUUUACACGUUGGGAAUAUCUCGUCCUUUUGGAGCUUCUACUUUUAUACUUUCUUGGGAUGAAAAGGUAGGCUCUUCAAUUUAUUGUAUUGAGUCGUCUGGCCAGUGCUACAAAUAUUUUGGAUGGGCUAUUGGAAAAAAUGCUCAAGCAGCAAAAACAGAAAUUGAAAAAGUUCAAGAAAUUGAUGGCCAGUCAAAUUUGAGUAAAGAAGAAUUAAUUAAACGUGCUAUACACGUUUUAUUAACAACUAGAGAAGAGGGAACGACUGGACAUCGAAUUGAAAUGGGUUGGAUUGGUGAAGAUUCCAAUGAAGUUUUUGAGGGAAUUAAUCAAUCUGAAGUUGACAAAUUGGAGGAAGAAGUUAGUCAACAAAUGGAGGAUGAGGAGGAUUAA